UGCAAAUACAGUUUGUGUUCACAAACCAGACUCUGGCUAGCCCCAUGGGGAGAGAGUAAUAGCAGUUGUUCAGAGUCAUGUGGGCCUGGAGAUCCUGACGUCUGCAUCAGCUUGGUGGCACAAUAGGCUCCAGUAGGUGAUUAUUCCUGGUGUGCACACCACAUCGUUACCAGGAGACAUCGUUGUCAGGGAGUGGACACAUCAGCUUAUGCUGCAAGAUAAUUAGCUAAGGAGAGGAUGGAGGGUGCAGGACCAGGACAGAGGUGGUGGAGCUGGGAAACCACAGCCAGCAUCCAGGUGCGACAAAUCAGAGCCAAAGUGCACGCAGUUUUCCAGAGCUGAUUCGCUGUGUUGGUCAGUGAUGACAGUGCUGGCUGAUGUGGCUAGAAGAGAGUCUGACAGCAGAAAGUCACUGGAAGGGGUGGGGCCCAUCACAGAAUCAGAGAUUUUUCAGGCUGGAAUCAUCUUAAAAUCCCCUUAACGCACCAACAGACCCUCUCCCUUUGGCAACUGGCCAAAAGAGUUCACAUCAUCUGUAUUCCCCGGGCCAACAGAUGUGCAGUGUCACUGGAUCCUCGACGUGUGGCCUCCAGUGCCUCCUCAUCUCCAAUAGGGUUGCCCUGCCUGGGAAACAAGUACGGAAAACUUUGCAUGCAUGUGAGUCCCCCAUCUCCCGGGAGGCCAGAUCAACCAGAUAUAGCUGGGAAAGCAAGACGUGGAAGCCAGUCUGAGGAGAUGGAUGUUCACAGGUGGCCUUCCCACAACAAGAUUGAGCAUGAGUGGUAGAGAAGCUUCAGUGGCUGCAGGGAGAGCCCAAUACAAGCAGAGUCGUCAGAACACCCUGGGUCCAGAUGGCCAUUCUGCUCCCAAAACCAGCUUCACAUUAAACCCCAAGGACAGAAGACAAUAUCCUGACCACCAGGCAGCACACAGGCCAUUCCCCAAACAGCGAUUCAGGCAGGAAAAUGGACACACAUCAUUACAAAGAGAUGGACCCAGAUCCUUCCUCCUGGAUCUCCCAAACUUUCCUGACCUGUCAAAAGCAGACAUCAAUGGGCAAAACCCCAACAUUCAGGUUACCAUAGAAGUGGUUGAUGGCCCUGAUACUGAACCAGAGAAGGAUCUGCACAAAGAGAGCAGCAAGCCUAGCUGGCCAGUCCCAUCCCCUGACUGGAGGAACUGGUGGCAGACGUCAUCCACCUUGACUCGCAUGAGUAGCGGUGACCAGGACUACAAGCAUGACAGCACCACCGAAGAUAGCAACUUCCUAAACCCUCUUGGUGGGUGGGAUAGGCAUGCGCCCAAUCACCGGACUUUUGAAUCCAAGGAGCAGCCAGAAUAUGAUUAUAUUGAUGGAGAGGGAGACUGGAGCCCAUGGUCCAUUUGUAGCGUAACCUGCGGGAAUGGCAAUCAGAAGCGAACCAGGUCCUGUGGAUAUGCCUGCACAGCCACAGAGUCGAGGACAUGUGAUAGGCCAAACUGCCCAGGGAUUGAAGACACCUUCAGGACAGCUGCCACAGAAGUGAGCUUACUUGCAGGAAGCGAAGAGUUCAAUGCCACCAAGCUAUUCGAAGUUGAUACUGAUAGUUGCGAAAGAUGGAUGAGCUGCAAAAGUGAGUUCUUGAAGAAAUACAUGCACAAAGUGGUUAAUGACCUACCCAGCUGCCCUUGCUCCUACCCCACAGAAGUCGCUUACAGCACUGCUGAGAUCUAUGAUCGGAUUAAGCGGAAAAACUUUCGCUGGAAAGAUGCAAGUGGGCCAAAGGAAAAAUUGGAGAUCUACAAGCCCACAGCCCGAUAUUGUACCCGCUCUAUGCUUUCCUUGGAGAGCACAACUCUAGCUGCGCAGCACUGUUGCUAUGAUGACAAUAUGCAGCUGAUUACUAGGGGGAAAGGGGCGGGCACACCAAACCUGAUCAGCGUAGAAUUCUCUGCAGAGCUCCAUUACAAAGUCGACAUUUUGCCUUGGAUUAUAUGCAAAGGAGACUGGAGCCGAUACAAUGAAGCACGGCCCCCGAACAAUGGUCAGAAAUGUACAGAAAACCCUUCAGAUGAAGACUAUUACAAGCAGUUUCAGGAAGCAAGGGAAUACUGAAGGGAUUGUCCUCCUCAGACAGGAAAAUGGGGAUCAUUUCCAUAGAUGGCAUAAAACUGCAUUGGCUGCAUUAUCUUUUUGAAAUGGGGUUGAUCAGUAUCUUUAGUAUGAGUGUAUAUAUUUGUAUAUAGUACAUGUGUAUUUUUCUCUGUGUGUGUAAUUUAUAUAUGCAUAUAUUUCACACACUCACACUUCUCUGCAUACAAACAUACACAAAACCUUUAAUGAGAGAAGCUUAUAUAGCAAUAAAAUGCAUUUUAUUUCAAAAGAAAGAAACCCCCCCUAGGAAAAAUAGUGUGAAUAAAUUCUUGCUGAAUAAAGGGCUUGAUACCAAUUUUUACAUCAGUGUAAAUCAGUAAAGCUCUGGUCCUGCUCCCAUUAAAGUCAAUAACAAAGCUCCUAUUGAUUUUAAAUGAUGCACAAUUGGUCCCUAAUGGCAGGGUAAAGCUAGGGGAAGUGAAAUGCGAAUCAGGCCCAAAGGCCCUGAUUCAGCAGAGCACUUAAGCACAUGCUUAAAUCCAUUAUAGUCAAUGCGACUUAAGCAUGUGCUUAGAGAUAAGCACAUACUUACCUGCUUUGCCACAUGGACAGGUUUGGGGGGGGGGGGGGUUUGCAUCAGGGCCAAAGAGCCUAAACUCUCAAACAGUUUUUAUAUGUAACUUAUUUAAUAUAAACAGCUGUUAAAAAUAACACUUUCUCUGGAGCUGUAUUAAUGAAAGUAUUUAAUCGUAUCUCUAAGAUUGUUAGGGGAAGGAUUGUUGGGAGGGAAAGUUAUUAAUUAUUGGAGGAGAAAACAGGUAGAAAUGCUGAAGAUCAAUAAACCAACGCCAACAUUAAUCAUUCUUAGUUGAAGCUCCCGUUGCCCUUCCAGUCACUCAGGUGUUAGCUGUAUAUAUGUGGUAGGGUUUCCAGGAGAUGCAGCUGCCAUGUUCCUUUGGGCUACAUCAAAAGAAUAAAAAAUAAGGCCUUGGAUUCUGCAAAGACACAUGAAUGUGCUUAACUUCCCAUACUGUGAGUAGUUCAGUGACUUCAAUGGGACUAUGCACAGGGGCAGAGCUACAGCUGCUAUGAAUUAUCAUAGCUCCAUGGAAGAGACUGGAGUCAUGACAAUUCACACCAGUGGAGAAUCUGCCACACAGUGUGUAUAAAUAAAGAAACUGUGUAAGUCAGUCUUUGCAGGAUCAAGGGCUAACGGGCCAAAAUUUGCUGAGGCUGAAGAGUGUAGUUAAAAGGAAAAGAAUGUUGACAAAAAACUAAGAAAUCCCAGUUAUCUCCUAAUUCCUACAUGUAAUUAGAAGGGUUCUGCUAUAAAGAAAGACGUGCACUUUUUAAAAAAAAAGAGAAACAGAAUAUAGACUUUUGAACAUAUUCGCUGGGGUACAAUAAGUCACCUUCUUAAUUCUUUUUCCUUCCAGCAUGUCCUGACUGCACAGUAUUAUACAGAAAAAGCUAUUCUUUAAAGAGUUUUUUUGGGGGGGGAAAAGGGAUAAGGAGCUGUUCUCAGUGAUUUAAAAAAACCUGCGCAUUAUUUUUGUAAAGUAUUUAUUAAAAUGUUGUUAUAACUCAUGCAAUGGGCGUUUUUAACAUGCGGGGCUUCUGUAGUUGGAAUGUGAUGGCCAGGAAAGAGACUAUUUCUAGGCAAAUGUUUAACUUGCAGAUCUCUAUGAAAAGUGAAUCUAUCAAUA